GGCCACUAAGAGGCGCUGUCACUCUCAGGAAUCGACAGCUAUCAGCGCUCCGUCUCGGGACUGUACUGUGUGUCGUUCGUCCGCGCACAGAAUAUUAUAAUAUUUAGAUAGUUUUUGUUUAUUGUACUCGAUAAAUAUGUCUACUACGACCGGUGGCGGAGAGUUUGGCAACCCUCUGCGGAAAUUUAAGCUGGUUUUCUUGGGCGAGCAAAGCGUGGGCAAAACUUCACUUAUCACCAGGUUUAUGUAUGACAGCUUCGAUAAUACCUAUCAGGCAACUAUUGGUAUAGACUUUCUGUCAAAAACCAUGUACUUGGAAGACCGCACGAUUCGGCUACAGCUGUGGGACACUGCUGGGCAGGAACGCUUCCGUAGCCUCAUUCCCAGCUACAUCAGAGACUCAGCAGCCGCAGUGGUGGUCUAUGAUAUAGCAAAUCUCAACUCUUUCCAGCAAACCUCAAAGUGGAUAGAUGAUGUCAGAACAGAGCGAGGAAGUGAUGUAAUUAUCAUGUUGGUUGGCAACAAGACAGACUUGGCUGAUAAAAGGCAAGUGUCAGUAGAGGCAGCAGAGAAAAAAGCUCGGGAACUGGGUGUGAUGUACAUAGAGACCAGCGCCAAAGCUGGUUAUAACGUCAAACAGCUGUUUCGUCGUGUUGCUGCUGCUUUGCCUGGAAUGGAUAGUACACCAGAGAAAAGCAAAGAGGACAUGAUCGACAUCAAACUGGAGAAGCCUCCGGAGCUGCCCGUUACCGAGAGCAGCUGCUCGUGCUAGUAACCACCCUCAUCCCCCUCACUCGACCCCCUCACACACAAACAGCUUGCCUCUCAGUGGUCACUCACUCCUCUCACGUUCCUCGUGUCAUGAGCGGAGAACCUUUUCUUUCUCUUCGACUCAGUGACUUUUCAGAGUAACCGUGUGGAUGUGCUAUUACUCUGUAUUAAAAUGGAUUCCAAAAAUACAUAUAUUAAUGGGGAAAAAAGUAAAAUCACAGCAUAGAUUAAGUGCUAAAACCGUUCAGAUUCUCAUCUGUUGUGGCUGCAUGGCAUUAUAUGGGAUUGCAGACUGAUAUACACUCACAUGCUCUUGAGUUUGUGUUUGAGUUGAGUUCAUAAUUGUUGUGAAGUUACCAUGUUUCAGAGCUGGGGCUGAUGUCAUCAUUUUAAGUCUUUUUAUAAUUUCACCGGAGGAAGAGCUUGACAUUAAUUGUACUGAGAGGCUGUAGUCUUGUGUUACUGAUUCAUAUGAUUUUUUUUACAUUACACACUAUUUUGUUAGUGUGUUUUCUUUGGCAGAAGUUAUUUAAAGAAAGAUACAGAAGGGAUCUCUUUUGAAAUUGUUGUGAAAUAUCAUGGACACAAUGUUCUUUAUAAUUGGAUGUUUCCACGUUAAAGAUGGUAUUUGGGACCAGAUAUCACGUAAAGGUAUUUUUGUUUCAGGAAAUACACAUGUAUGGCCAAAAAA